AUGGUUCAUUUUUACGACUCUAUACCCGAAAGCCUGCAAAAAUGGGCUCUGGAACAGCCUCUCUUCUUCACCGCGACGGCGCCCUUGCACGGUCGGCACAUCAAUCUCUCGCCCAAAGGGCUCACCUCGGCAACAUUUCACAUCUUUGACGGAAACCACGUAGCCUACAUUGAUACCGCCGGAUCCGGGGUCGAAACAAUCUCCCACAUCUACGAGAAUGGACGGGUCACCAUCAUGUUCUGCAGUAUUGACAGCAAGCCACGAAUCAUGCGACUGUUCUGCACUGGCACAGUCGUCGAGAGAAAUGACUUCCGAUUUGCCAAACUUUUGGAUGAUAUGGGAAAGACACCCGUAGCAGGCACCAGAGCUGUGAUUCUGCUUCAAGUGCGAAAGGUGAGCAUACCCGAUUUCGAGCUUGGCAGACUCGGAUGA